AUGCCUUGUCACGUCAGAACCGACAGUAAAAGGCUCUCCGCAGCUUCCUUUCUUCCAUCCGUUUUUGUCAUUACGUUAUUCAUAUUUUCUUUCUCUGUGUUCAUAUUAUCUAUCUAUCUAUCUAUCUAUCUAAGAGUUUUCAUAUUAUCUAUCUAUAUAUGUUCAUAUCUAUCUAUCUAUCUAAGACUUUUCAUAUUAUCUAUCUAUCUAUCUAUCUUAACUUUUCAUAUGAUCUAUCUAUCUAUCUAUCGAUCUAUCUAUCUAUCUAUCUAUAUCUAUCUAUCUCUAUCUAUCUAUCUAUCUAUAUAUAUAUAUAUAUAUAUAUAUAUAUAUAUAUAUCUUAGUCUGUUCAUUAUCUAUCUACCUUCAAGAGUGUUCAUAUUAUCUAUCUAUAUCUGUUCAUAUCUAUUCUUUUCAUAUCUAUCUAUCUAUCUAUCUAAGAGUUUUCAUAUUAUCUAUCUAUAUAUGUUCAUAUCUAUCUAUCUAUCUAUCUUAGGCUUUUUUUAUCUAUCUAUCUAUCUAUCUAUCUAUCUAUCUAUCUAUCUCAGUCUCUUCAUCUAUCUAUCUAUCUAUCUAUGUCAGGUGCUUACUUUCUAUCUAUCUAUCUAUCUAUCUAUCUAUCUAUCUCAGUCUGUCCUUAUCUAUCACUUUCACUCGCUUCGUAACUAUCUCUUUAUCUAUUUAUCAAUCAACCAAUCGGUUAAUCUAUCUAUCUAUCUAUCUAUCUAUCUAUCUAUCUAUCUAUCUAUCUAUCUCAGUCUGUUCAUAUCUAUGUGUCGGUCUGUCUCUCUGACUCCGUAUAUUCUUAUCUAUCUAUCUAUCUAUCUAUCUAUCUAUCUAUCUAUCUAUCUCAGUCUGUUCAUAUCUAUGUGUCGGUCUGUCUCUCUGACUCUGUAUAUUCUUAUCUAUCUAUCUAUCUAUCUAUCUAUCUAUCUAUCUAGUGGGGGUGUUUGUGAGUGA